GAUUCCGGUAAGACGCGCCGCCCCCGCGAUGUCCGCCUAAUCCACAUGCUCCUCGCCUCCCUCGGCGUAACAGCCUACCAAGAACGCGUCCCCCUUCAACUCCUCGACUUCGCCUACCGCUAUACCUCCAACGUCCUAACUGACGCCGUACAUCUCGCGACUGAGGGGUAUGCGGCCGCAGCUGGUGAAUCGGGAACGAGUGGUGGCCGUGGCGGCGGCGGGGGUGGAGGAGGUGGAGGAGCGCACGAUGUGAACACGGUUAGUUUGUCGGCGAUGCGGCUGAGUAUUGCGUCGAGGUUGCAUUAUCAGUUUCAGACGGGGCUGCCGAAGGAGUUUCUUAUGGAUGUUGCGACGGAGAGGAAUCGGGUUGCGUUGCCCGGGGCUUCGAGGGGGUUUGAUGUUGCGGGUAAUGCGAAUCGGGCGCCGCAGGCGCAUCAGGGAUUGGUAAUUGGGGGGAUGAGGUUGCCGCCGGAGAGGUUUUGUUUAACGGGGGUUGGGUGGGACAUGAACGAG